CUUCCUGUUCCGCCUCUCCCUCCCCUUUCCCCCCUCCCCUCCCCUCCUUUCUUCAUUACAGUGGUGGGAAGUUGCCUUUUUCGGCUUUCUCAGGACUGGAGCCUUUCCUGCAAAUUCCGUUCCCAGAGGAUUGAAGGGGGGGGCAGCAAUGCCAAAAGACCGCGUGGAGCAGGAUCGUCUGAAACAGCUCAAUACAAGGCAGCUUCCUGUCUUCUCUCUUUUGUUCUGGAAGGUGAUGGCUAAGGCAAGAAGAAGGGAAAUCUUCAGCUAGAAAAACGUGAGCAAGUCCUGAGGUGAAAGAGAUGCCUGGAAGUCAACAGGGAUACACAAGAUAUCCUGAGAAGGCAACAGAAGAAGCUUUUCUUUGUGAAGAUGAAGAUAGCAGUUUAAAUGAAAGUACCUUCCAAGAAGAAAUCAUCAUGAGUAAGGGAGAGAACAGGGGCGCUGACUGUGGGACAAGCCUCCAUCAGAGCUCUGAGCUUCUUGAGAAUCAGAAUGUGCAAACAGGGGGAAAUCAAUAUAAAUGCUCAUAUUGUUGGGAAGCUUUUCGUGAGAGAACCCACUUGGUUACACAUAAGAGAAUCCACACUGGAGAUAAACCAUACAAAUGCACAGAUUGUGGGAAAAGCUUUAGCACAAGCUAUGAGUUUAUCGAUCAUAUACGAGUACACACAGACGAGAAGCCAUAUACAUGUUCAGACUGUGGUCAAAGCUUCCAUUUGAAAUCAAAUCUUACUGCACACAAGAGAACCCAUACAGCAGAGAACCCCUAUGAAUGUGCUGAAUGUGGGCAAAGCUUUGGUAAGAAAUCUCAUCUUGUCACACAUGAGAGGACUCACACUGGAGAGAAACCAUAUCAGUGCUCAGACUGUGGGAAGAGCUUUAGUCAGAAAGGAAAUCUUGUUUCCCACAUGAGGAUUCACACAGGGGAGAAACCGUAUAAAUGCUCCCAGUGUGGCAAAUGCUUCUCUCACUGCACUUCCUUGAUGAUGCAUGUGAGAACCCACACAGGGGAAAAGCCAUACAAAUGCUCAGUCUGUGAAAAAAGCUUUGUUAACAAGGGAAACCUUGUCUCGCAUGUAAGAAUCCAUACAGGAGAAAAACCCUACGAAUGCACAGAUUGUGGAAAAAGCUUUAGCACCAGCUUUCAAUUUAUAGAACAUAAAAGACUGCAUACAGGGGAGAAGCCCUAUAUGUGCUCAUACUGUGGACAAAGCUUCAAUUCAAAAUCAAACCUUAUUACACACAAGAGAACCCACACAGGGGAGAAACCUUAUCAAUGUACCGUGUGUGGGAAAGGUUUUCGAGUUAAAUCAUCCCUUACUAAACAUGUGAGAAUCCACACGGGGGAGAAACCCUACGAAUGUUCGGAGUGUGGGAAAAGCUUCAAUACUAGCUCUCUGCUUGUAAAUCAUAAAAGGGUUCAUACAGGAGAGAAACCAUAUAAAUGCUCAGGAUGUGGGAGAAGCUUCCGUCAGAAAGGAAACCUUGUUUCACAUAUGAGAAUUCACACGGGGGAGAAACCAUAUCAAUGUUCUGACUGUGACAAAAGCUUCAUUGAUAAAAAGUCCCUUAUUAAACACAAGAGAACCCAUCCGGGAGAGAAAGCUUAUGAAUGUUCAGAUGGAGGGCAAAGCUUCAGGUAUAGCUUGACGUUUACAUAGCACAGUAUAAUCCACUGGACCAGAUUGGACAAUACUGCUUGAUUCAACUGCAUAUAUUGUCCCUUCCCACUGACUCAGCAUUUCUCCCUCCCCUUUGACAUCACCAGAUGUCCGUACGAAACCAUAAUGUUGAAAUAUGGAUGUAUACAUGUACUUAGGUUGCAUUUGUGUGGGUCAAUACCCAGAUUUGGUGGGGUCAGUUUCCAGCUUAUGCUGGUCAGGCCACAUCUGGAGUACCAUGUCCAGCUCUGGGCACUGCAUUUUAAGGAGGUCAUUGACAAACUGGGAUGUUUCCAAAGGAGGGUGCCUAGGAUGGUGAGGAAUCUAGAAAACAAGACCCCUCACAGGAAUAGUUGAAUGAUCUGGUUAUGUUUAACUUGGGGAAGAGAAAAUUAAGCAGAGAGAUGUAUGAUAGUGGUCUCAAAUAAUCACACAGAAUAAGGAAUUGUUUUCUGUUACUCUAGAGGACAGGACUAGAACUAACGGGUAGAAUUUGCAGGGAAGCAGAUUUUGGCAAAAUAUUAGGAAAAACUGUUCAACACUGGAACAGCCUUCUUUUGGAGGUAGCAUUAUGGAUGUUAUCUGUUAAAUUAACUGUGGAAUCUGGGCCUGUGCACUUUGGGUACGGCACAUUGAAAUGUCACACCCUUCCCCAUAGAUACUUUCAGAGAUGGGCAGGCACCCGAGGCGGCAGGAUGGGAAGGUGCAUAUCCGCCUACACGUGGGUAAGAUCAGAGAGGUAUUGUCCAGUCUUGCUAACUGUGAUGUCUUGACACAAGAUAAGACCUAUUAGAGCAGCCUUUCCCAACCUGGUGCCCUCCAGGUGUUUUGGAUUACACCUCCCAUCAGUACCAGGCCAGCACGGCCAUGCUGCAUUAAAAGAAAGCAAAGUAAAAACUCGGGGCACUUCUGUGUUUUUUGUUGCCAUUUCGAGUAACUUCUACUUUGCUCUGAACAUUGCUUCAGUUGACUCAUCCUGUUUUCCUUUUAAGACGGCCAGGGAACCUUUUUCAGUGCAGGAACCCUCUCACGGGCAACCUUCUAAAGGCUGCAUGGCAGUAGUGAGUGGGGGCCAUAGACUGUGGAGUCUGGUCCAUUUGGGUGAAAGGGGCGCUGUCCCACCAACCUCAGUCUGCCCUCAGCCACCCCCAACCCACCUUGCCUUCUCAUAUACUCCCAGCCCACAGCCAGCUUCCUCCUCCUUAGUCUCAGUGUUGGCCUUGUAGAACUUGGCAGGGAGGAAGAUGGGAGACAACUCUGGAAUUAGCUGACUCUGUGAUUGGCUCUGGCUCCACCUGCUGUGGGCCUCUCUUGCCUUCCGCCCUACCAGUCACAAUGGGCACCAGCCAACACUGGCCAUAGGCAAAAAUGGAUGGAGCAACGGAUGUGGUUCUUAACCUUUGUACAGCAGGGCACAUUCUAGCCAUGCAAAGGCCAGAAGCUUCUUCAUCGCCCUCCACCUGCUUACGUCCCUCUUGUCUUACAUACAGGCAAACAAGAGACAUUAUCAUCAUUCAGAGACACAUUCCAACCCGGCAAAAGCACCCAAGGAGUGUGCAGAGCAGGGCUGGGGAGGGAUAUGAAGUGGCAGACAGAGAGGCGCAGAGGCCCACAUUUGGGUCCCAAGCCUGAGUUAGUCUUGCUGAUCAACGUUCUCAGCCACUGAGUGAGGGGAAAAAAACACCUUGUUGCAUUCCAACAGAGUGGCACAGUUUAGGCCAGGAUAGGGAACCGGUGACCCUGCAGAUGUUGCUGGGCUCCGGCUCCCAUCAUCCCUUGAUCAAUGACCAUGCUGACUUGCGGGCUGAUAAGAGUUGGGAGUUCAUGACUUCUGGAAGGAGCCAGGCUGUGAAAGGCUGGUUUAGAGUUUUGCCUGGAAAUGUAAAUGCACCAACGCAUUUAGUCUACUGUGUGCGGAUUAAAUUGUAGGUUUGGAUGUUAAAA